AUGAAAGUUCUUAUUCUUCUUAUUUCUGUUUUCUGUGUUUCUCAAGCUUCGGAUGCAUUUCAAAAAUACAUUGAGCAGUUAGUUGUCUUCUGAAAAAAUUUAGAAAAAAAUUGUUUCAGAGCCAUCGAUUAUAAUGUUCACCCAUGUGAUGAUUUCUACCGUCAUUCUUGUAGAAAAACAACAACACAAGAUUUAAAAGGCGCAUUAUCAAGUCAUAUUCAAUCAAUUCUCGAUAAAACUCAUAUUAAAAUGGGGACACCAGCUCUUGAAAAAUUUACAGUGAGUUCAAGAUUUCCAGAUGUUAUUUAAGAAAAAAUUGCUUUUAUAGAACGUUGUUGGCUAUUUUUCGAGACGCAAUUUCACUGCUCAAUUUGUGAGACAAUUCAAAGAGCAAUACUUGAAUAGGUAAGAUUUUCAAACAUAAUUUGAACUUUCAUAGUUAUCCUAUAGAUGUCAAAAUCAAUCGUUGGAAGUGUUCCUCAAAGAAGUUCAAACCUUGUAUCCAGAAUCUUCUGAUUGUAUCAAUGAUAUAACUUCAAAUAGAGAUUGUCAAUCUGCUUCUCAACAAUUUGCGUCAUGUGUCGAAAGUUUUCCUGUUGAAAACUUUCAAUCUGAUUUAAAUGAUUUUGUGGACGAUGCUGUUCUUCUGAAUUGGAUUGAUCAGUAUGGAAGUUCUGCGUUGAAUCGUAUUAAUUCAACACUUUUGGACGUCAAACAAAUAGCAAUUCAAUUGAUAAAGGUAAACCUUCACUCUGUUUUUGGAAAAUAUACUAAUUCAGAAUACUCCAUGGUUAAAUAAAUAUGGAUUAGCAGAAGAAUUCCAAAAAUAUGCUGAAAAAACAGUUCUCGCCAAUUACACUUCAUUGAAAAACGCUAGAAUGGCAUUGUUUGAACGACAAUCUAAAGUAUACAACAAUUGCUCCUCAAAUUCUGUACUUCAAAAUUCACCAAGACAUGUGUUGUGUCUUUUAAGUUUAUUAAAACACUCAGAACUUGUAUCCUAUGUUUUGGAUCCAAUUCAAAUCGACGACAAUGCAUACAAUAUGGGCGGUGCUUUACAUUUUUAUUUCACAUAUUUUUAUGUUGCGCAAUAUAUCACAAAUCCGGCAGAAUAUGUGAGACAGUAAUUUUUCAUAGCCUCUUGUAUGUGAUUCAUUUUCAGAUGGCUUACGCUGGUUUUACAGUUGGACAUGAAUUUGGCCAUUCAAUUGUUACUUCAACACUUAGACCCUUAAAAUAUUCGGAAAUAGUGAAAAGUUGUAUUCAGGAUCAAUUCAAGAAAUCGUGCAGUUAUUUUGCAGAGGUUUCUGUUUUACCAUUCUUCGCCUAACUUCACAAAUAUAUAAUUUUUAUAGUUCAACUGCACUGUACUUCUUGACCAAAUAGGCGACAAUGGUUCAGAUUUGAUCGGUUUUCAAAUAAUUUAUGAUUUGUUCAAACAAGAAAUUGGUGAAAAAUUACACGACCAAGUUCCUGAAUAUAAACAAAACAUGACUUAUGAACAACUAUUUUUCUAUGCUUACGGUGCCCAAUGGUGUAAACGGUAUCCAGAUAUAUCAUACGAUGACCAUCAAGCACAUAUUACAAGAACUAAUGCGGUUUUGAUUCAACACGAAGAAUUCCAAAAAGCGUUUGGUUGUUCAGAUCAAACAAGAAUGGUUCAAUCGAACAAUGUGAGUGAAUUUGAGAAUUGAAGAUAAUUUUGGAAAUUUUCAGGGGAAAUGUCACAUUUUCGGGCCAGAUGCUCCACAAGAAAAAGGUCGCAAUUUCGAGGGUUUUUAG